CGCCUGUUGACGUAGGCGACCCCUCAAAACAUGACCCCACGCUAGUCCUUGCGUGCUCCGUAAGAGACCCCUAAACCAUGUCGAUCUUGAGCCAUUCCCAAUCCGCAUUGUGUGCGUCAUGUACAUCUGCAAAGAUCGUCUGCGAUUCCUGGAUUUAAAGCCGCUCGGCACGCUCGCUUUUCUGCUCGCCCUUCCGCUCGCCCCGUCUCUGUGGCGACGUCACACCCCAACGCUGAGAGGCCAGAGGUUUAGAGCUGCCAAGAAGCAAAGGCCGAUUCCAGCAUAUUGUGCUAAUGACUCCCUUGCCAUUCCUGUGCCAGGGAGCCGAUCAAGGGCUGUGAAGGAAUGCGGGCCUUGAGUGAACGAAGCCCUAGUACGAUACGACAACGAGAGUAUAUUAUUCAAAGUCCAGAAUCGUGGGGAUGCCGUGCGGGAUACGGAACACCGAGCAGCACGGGGACAGGCAUGCCUUGUCACAUGAUAGGGUACCUUGAUCGCGGCGGCGGGGCAGAGGAACACGAGAGGUGGCAGGAGGGUGGCAUGAUUGCUUAAGUCAGCUCAGGAAGAUGAGCGGAAAAACGGAUGAGGCCGACAGAGUAACUGCAUUGAGGGUGAGCGGCGCAUCGUAUUGCAGUAUUGCUCAUAUUGUACUCCUUGGUUGUGGCUGCGGAUGCAUAGGGUGAAUCGUUUGGCGGCGCCGGCGGCAGCCUGUGGCGUUUUGAUGUUCACGCAUGCUCACGGGGACGAGGAAUGAAGCAGAAGCCAGGAUGAAGUGCUAACGUGAGUCAAGCUGAGGAUAUGUACAG